AUCCUUGAAUGAUUAGUCCUUAACCUAUCACUAAUCACCUUUCAUUGUCAUUAGCAAUGAAUCAACUCCAUACAUCAUUGCUCUUCUUCUUCUUCUUACUUCUCCACAUAUUGGCUUCAUGCAAUGAAGAACAGGUUUACAUAGUGUAUCUUGGAGAGCACAAAGGGGAGAAAGAGAGAGAAGAGGUUGAAGAAAGGCACCAUUCAUAUCUGGUGUCAGUGAAGAGGAGUGAGGAAGAAGCCAAAUCUUCUCUUCUCUAUAGUUACAAGCACAGUAUUAAUGGUUUUGCUGCUCUCCUCUCUCCUCAUCAAGCCUCCAAAUUAUCUGAGUUAGAGGAAGUGGUUUCUGUGUAUCAAAGCAAUCCAAGAAAAUACAGAACGCAUACAACAAGGUCUUGGGAAUUUUCAGGAUUGCCAGCUGACAACACCUUCAACAAACAAGAUUUGCUCCUCAAAUCUAAUUAUGGGCAAAAUAUCAUCAUUGGGGUUCUUGACAGUGGGUUGUGGCCAGAAUCAGAGAGCUUUAGAGAUGAUGGGUUGGGUAAUAUUCCAAAAGCAUGGAAAGGAGAAUGCCAAUCUGGAGAUGAUUUCCACCCCUCUCAUUGCAACAAGAAGGUAAUUGGCGCCAAAUACUACCUCAAGGGAUAUGAAAAAUACUAUGGUCCACUGAACAGGACCCUAGACUACAUGUCUCCCCGAGACAAGGACGGCCACGGAACACACACCUCCUCCACCGCCGCCGGCCGGCGAGUGGCCAACACAUCCGCUCUCGGAGGCUUCGCCAGCGGGACAGCAUCGGGAGGUGCGCCGCUGGCCCGCCUGGCAGCGUACAAAGUGUGCUGGGCCAUCCCAAAGCAGGGCAAGGAGGAGGGCAACAAGUGUCUUGACGAAGACAUUCUGGCGGCCAUGGAUGACGCAAUAAGGGAUGGUGUGGAUGUCAUCAGCAUCUCCAUAGGAACCACCAAGCCCACACCGUUUGACCAAGACUCCAUCGCGAUUGGUGCCCUGCACGCAAUCAAAAAUAACAUUGUUGUGUCGUGUAGCGCGGGGAAUUCAGGCCCUAACCCGGCUACCUUGUCUAACACAGCUCCUUGGAUCAUCACUGUUGGGGCUAGCAGCCUAGACCGGACGUUCAUGGCUCCACUUAUACUGGGGAAUGGGGAAAAACUCACGGGACAAACUGUCACACCUUACAAGCUGGAAGACAAAAUGUACCCUUUGGUUUAUGCAGGCCAAGUGGUCAACUCUAAUGUUUCCAAAGAUCUUGCAGGGCAAUGCCUACCGAAUUCUCUAUUGCCAGAAAAAGCAAAAGGAAAGAUAGUGAUGUGCAUAAGAGGGAACGGGACGAGAGCUGGAAAGGGAGGGGAAGUGAAAAGAGCAGGUGGAGUUGGAUACAUACUUGGAAACAGCAAAGCAAACGGAGAGGAAAUCUCAACCGAUGCUCAUCUCCUUCCAGCAACAGCAGUGGGCUACAAAACUGCAUUAAAGAUUAUCAAGUACAUACAAUCUACAAAGGCUCCAAAAGCCUAUAUCUUUCCUGCUCAGACAAUAUUGCACACGAAACCAGCACCUUCUAUGGCGGCCUUCACAAGUAGAGGACCAAGCCCAAUUUCACCCGAAAUUCUCAAGCCCGAUAUAACGGCGCCAGGGCUUAAUAUAUUGGCCGCAUGGAGUGAAAAAUCAUCACCCACGAAGCUUGACAUUGAUCAUAGAGUAGUUAAGUAUAACAUAUUGUCAGGAACUUCAAUGUCUUGCCCCCAUGUAAGUGGUGCUGCUGCACUUCUUAAGGCAAUUCAUCCUCAUUGGAGUAGUGCUGCAAUCCGAUCAGCUCUCAUUACUACGGGUCUGUUCAUUUACAUAUUAUUGAUACAAUGGUUUUUGGGGUUUGUUUGGGCUCAUUUGAGGUGAGUACCUAAUUUAACCUGAUUUGUGAUGAGAGUUUCCAUUUUUUUACUUGGACGCAGCUGAGUUGAAAAACAAUAUGGGGAAGCAAAUAACAGAUGCAAGUGGCCUCCCGGCAGAUCCAUUCCAAUUCGGGGCAGGACAUUUUAGGCCAUCGAAAGCUGCAGAUCCCGGGCUUGUCUACGACGCCUCAUACUUUGAUUAUCUUCUCUUCCUUUGCGCAAAUGGAGUUAAGGGCAUCGACCCAUCCUUCAAGUGCCCCAAACACACCCCUUCGCCUUCCAGCCUCAACUAUCCCUCCCUUGCAAUUCCUAAACUCAAAGGGGCUGUGGUUGCGAAGAGAGCUGUCACAAA